CUCGCCUGCAUUGGACCUUCACCCUGCAGCCAACACCACGUCUCUGGCCCCUCGAUCGCUGCCUCCAUCGUAGAUAUGCUGCACAGGGUUGCCUCACGCCUGCAGGGGCGCGCACUGCUCAGCAGCUCUGCUGCCCGGGUCUUCAGCAGCCUGCCGGCGGAAGUGGAGGAGGCCUUCAGCAAUGCCGCAUCCUCACCUGCGCCCUUCAGCCACACACCAGCUGGCCGCAACCACCUCUACGUGCCGGGCCCCGUGAACAUCCACGAAUCUGUGCUGCGCGCGAUGCACGUGCCGGGGCAGAACCACCGCGACCCCUGGUUUGCCGACUUUUACAAGAAGUGCCUGUCUGACCUGAAAAUGAUCUUUGGCACCACCGACGGCACCACCAUCAUCUUCCCGGGCACCGGCACCGGCGGGUGGGAGUCGGCGCUGACCAACACGCUGUCCCCGGGCGACAAGGUGGUCACCUUCCGCUACGGCCUCUUCUCCCACCUGUGGAUCGACAUGAUGCAGCGCCUGGGGCUGGACGUGACGGUGAUUGAGGGGCGGUGGGGCGACGGCGCGUACGAGGACAAGCUGGCAGAGGUGCUCAAGGCGGACGCCGACAAGAAGAUCAAGGCGGUGUGCGUGGUGCACAACGAGACCACCACAGGCGUGACCUCUGACAUACCAGAGGUGCGCAAGACCAUGGACUCCUUCAACCACCCCGCCCUGCUGCUGGUGGAUGGCGUCUCCUCCAUCGGCGCCCUGGACUUCCAGUUUGACCAGUGGCGCGUGGAUGUGGCUGUGACGGGCAGCCAGAAGGCGCUGUCCAUCCCCACCGGCCUGGCCAUGGUGUGCGCCAGCGACAAGGCGCUGGCGGCCAUGAAGACGGCCACCAGCCGCCGCGUGUACUACGACUUUGCCGACAUGCUGCGCACCAACCCCAGCGGCAACGUGCCGUACACCCCCAUCCUGCCGCUGCUGUACGGCAUGGAGCAGAGCCUGGCGCUGAUGCGAGAGGAGGGCGGUAUGGCCGCCGUGGCGGCACGCCACCACCGCCUGGCCGAGGGCUGCCGCGCCGCGGUGGAGGGCUGGGGCCUGCAGACGCUGUGCCGCGAGCCGCGCUGGAAGUCGGACUCGCUGACGGUCAUCGAGGUGCCGCAGGGCGUGGACUCGCAGAAGGUGGUGGACGUGGCGUACGCGAAGUACAACCUGAGCCUGGGCAUCGGCCUGGCCGACGUGAAGGGCAAGGUGUUCCGCAUCGGCCACCUGGGUAACAUGGAUGAGCUGAUGCUGUCCAGCGCGCUGUGCGGCGCGGAGAUGGCGCUGCUGGAUGCGGGCGUGGCGCUGACGCCCGGCAGCGGCGUGGCCAGGGCCAUCGACUACUGGCGGAAGACGUCCAGGGUCAUCCCCACACGCGAGACCCUGCUGCAGUAGGGCCCCGCCCGGCCCCACACCAGCCAGCGCCGCCGCGCGCGCGGUUUGUCGGGGCCGCCAGGCCACUGGCGCACCGUGUGUGGCGGGCUGCAUGAACGGACACACAUUGACUGAUGGCGUUGGCUCCCGGGGACUCGCGCGCAGCCUGCUGCUGCCGCUGUGCAGAGCCGGCUGCUGCCGCUGUGCAGUGCACCAUGGCAGCAUGCGAGCCGCCCUCAGAACCGCCUUUUUCAGUGCACUGCUUUCUGCUGGCAUUUUUUCACUCCGCCUACAUCUUGCCCUCUGUUGUGCUCUCCUCCUCUCCUCCUCUCCUGUGCUCCCCGCUGCUCUGAUGAUUCCGGAGAUUUCCUUCUUCAACCUCUUUGUGCCACCAUUUCAUCACCCAAGUCAAUUGAGCCAUAUUAUUCCUGCGCAUCCCGCGCUCGCAGUCCGGCUUUUGCACUUCUCCCUGCUCUCCCGCCUCCAUCAGUGUACCCUGCUGUAGGCCCACUUGUAACACAGCAAUCCUUC